AGAAAUAAAAAUAUUAAAAUAAUUCAACAAUGUGCAACCAAAAAUGAAACUACAAACCAUGUGUUGCUGCGAGGAGAAACAACCAGUCACCGCAGAUGUGUGCCUUAAAUGUGAGGAAAAUCUCAGACAGUUUUGCAGACUUAUUGAGAUUUCAAACGCAGCAACUAGAAACUUUUUACAAUAAUGAGAGCGCUUUCAGGGUCCUGAAGCAAAAAUGGGAUGCUGAAAUAGCAGCUCUCGUUGAGUUUCUGGCUAGCAACCGUCAACUCGUAACAUCACGACCUGAAUCCUGCGACAAAUCUGCCCAGUGCAGUAGUGACAGCCCUGCACUAACUGUUCCGUCCAGUUGUCACCAGUCCACACAAACCGACUCUCUUCAAGAUUCGAACCAGAGUCAAAGACAAAUAUAUUUAAAGGAUGUUGCUAUUGACUGUCAGACCGAUCUCUUCCCUGAAUUGUCCAGAAUCCCUGACAGUGGAAUGUCUCAAGAAAGAGCCACUACUAGCAUCAGAGAGAAAACAGAGCCGAUAUUUAUGCCUAGCAAGACCUCUACUGCCAAAAAGCGCCAGCACCAAUUUUAUGAAGGAAGAAUCUUCCAGGAAGGUGAAUCCCAGGAUACUGCGAACACAAAACGAAUGGAUUACUCAAAGGCGCAUCAAUAUUUUGGGGCAGGUUCAAAAAAUAAUGUUUUCGAGGAAAAACGAAACCUCUUGUUAAGCUCUGACAACGGCAGCAGGAUGAAGCGUAAUUCAGGCGGCCGUUUGAAGCACCGAUUGCAAACCCGGUCAAAAAAUAAUGCAAGGGACCUGUCAGAAUCAUCAAGAAGUGAAACUAGCACUGACAAUUCAUCCAGUCAGUUCUCACGUUGUUGUUGCAAUAAAUCGCCAAAUAUUGUGAAUUCGUCGUCAUCGUCUCUGUGCAUCGACGAAAAAGAAUACUGGGCCGUGUCCAAAGUGACCCAUCGCACGACCGCAACAGGUGAAGACGUGACCAAUUUUGCCAUAAUGAGAGUGGACAACGUCAAGCCUUGUCCGGUCAGCGACAAACCUGUCGCAGGGGAAAUCGUGAUGACCGCCCCGCUGAGCCACCAGUGCAUUGCCAGGGAUGUCCCUGGACGAGGCGACUGGCGCUUCUGGGAAUUCAUUAGUUCAGCUUUAAAAUAA